AUGCCCCCUGAUCAGAGUACGGAUACGGCGACACCCUACGUGCGGCUUGCGACUCUAGACGACCUUGACGAAUUUGUCCAGGCUGCCAAUCGGGCGUUCUUGCACGACCCGGUGUUCAACUAUUUCGCGAAUCUCAAGCAGUUCAUCGACCCGGAGGUGGACGCGGAGGAAUAUCGUAGACGAGGAAAAUUCCUCUAUUUCUUGGCCAAAUCAUGCUUCCUCGCAGGCGGACGCGUCUCGGUCGUCGUCGACCCAGCGAAUAAUGGUAGUAUCGCGGGCGGCGCGCUAUUGAUGCCUCCCAGAAAGCGAAUGGCUGCGUGGAGGCUUCAUUUACUGUUUAAAUCUGGCUUUGGGAGUGUUUUGAAGCAAUGGGGGCUCGCAGGGCUCUGGAAAAUGUCGAUCGAGUAUCAAAAUGGCUGCGAGAAGAAGAUGAAGAGGUGCUUCGAAGAAAAGGGCGUGCAGGAGUCCCCCACGGAAGCCUGGUAUGUCCAGCUAAUCUUCACCGAUCCUGAUUAUCAAGGCAGAGGCCUGAUGUCCAAGCUAAUGCGUGAUGCAUUCGCAGAUGCACCCGAAGCCACGUUCUGCCUCGAAGCCAGCACCGCGAAGUCGCGAGACCUGUACGCCCACCUGGGUUUUGAAAACCCUUUACCUAUACAAAUGGGUGUUGGGUCGUCCAACAGCAGUGGGCUAUGCGCGACCGGAAAGGAUGCAACUGGUGUUGAAGCUUACGCAAUGGGGAGGUGGCCAUCCAAACGUUGA